CUUGCCUAGUCCUUGCCGAAAUCUCUGGACUGAGCUCUAACUGAGAUGUCCAUUACAGUGGUUUGGGUGAUUGAAAGGCGAUCUCUCUGAGCAAAUCAUGGAAACUGCGUAUCAGACUGAAUUGUCCGAAGAUCCAAGCAGGCGAGGCAAGAAGAAGCAUAGACACAGUGCUUGGUCAACCAAGGUAUUGAAAGAGUGGCUCUCGUCACACAGAGCACAUCCGUAUCCUACCGAAGAUGAAAAGACCGAGCUUGGCGAAGCCACCGGCAUGACCAGACGGCAGAUUUCGUACUGGUUCGUCAAUGCUCGUCGAAGACACAUAGUAUCAAGAUUGGACCAGGCGGAGGAACAACUGGCCGAAUCCCCUUCUAGUGCAUUGCCAGUUACGGAGACCCCUGAUGUGAAGUCUUGGAGCGAUAUGGCACCGCUCGAAAGAUGGCGACGCUCACCUCCAGAAUUCGAACCAGUCCCAUGGGAAGUCAUCAACGACUCGCUGAAAGACAGCCUAUCAUCGUAUGCAUCAGAGCCAGAUCUAAGGCAGGCUGUGGCAUCAAGAUCUCUCAAUUCCUCGGAUAGUUCGGGCUAUUCUGUUUCAAGCGAAUCUUCAGUAAAUUCGUUUAGCUCGGAGUCACUCCUAGGCUUACACGGCUAUGGUUGCCGCCCUGAGCGACGGCCAAGACGAAGACGCUCAACCCUCCAUCGAAGUCGACUGACGAGUUUGAAAAAUGACGACGGCCGCAUCUUUCAAUGCACAUUUUGCACGGAUACGUUUACAUCACGGUAUGAUUGGACAAGACAUGAAGGGAGUAUUCAUUUAGUCCUUGAAAAAUGGACUUGCCUCCCACUCGGGCCGCGAUAUAGCGACCCCGGCGAGGAUGCUAUACGAUGUUCCUUAUGUGAUGAGGUGAACCCUACUGAUCAGCACCUUGUAUCACAUGGCGCUGGCCAAUGUUAUUCUAAGCCCUCGAGCAAACGAUCUUUUUAUCGUCGUGAUCAUCUUCGUCAACAUUUACGAACGUCGCACCAUGUCCAUGACAUCUUGCCGUCAAUGAAGCAAUGGAAAUCCAAGGUGACUAGAGUCAAGUCGCGGUGCGGAUUUUGUGAUUCUACUUUUUCCCUUUGGUCUGAUCGCAACGAUCAUAUUGCGGAGCACUUCCGCGCAGGUGCGAAAAUGAAGGAUUGGAAAGGGUGUCGAGGACUGGAACCCGCUGUCGCCCUGCUCGUGAAGCAUGCGAUACCGCCGUAUCUAAUCGGAAUUGAAUCAAAUGAUAUAGAGCCAUUCAGUGGCUCACGAGCUGCGCUGCAGGCAGGGAAAAGUUGCGCAGAGGCACUUCCCACACCAUUUGAGAGCCUGACUGCCCGAUUGGGCGAGUUUGUGCAGACAAAAGCUGCGGAGGGCAAGUCAAUUAGUGAUGAAAUGCUGCAGCGUGAGGCGCGAAUAAUUCUUUACGAUGAUGAAGACCCUCUAAACAACACACCAGCCGAUAACUUGGCUUGGCUUAAAUUGUUCAAGCAGGGCUAUGGCCUGGAUACUCCAACCAACUUGCGAAAUCUCCAAUGCUCCUUAGAAACGUCGGCAGAUUCAGCAGUUCAGGUUUCCACUCAGACAGAGUUACCAUUUUCGCUAGAGAAGAUGCAGCAAGCAGCAGUGUCUAACUCUACACGUAUACCUCUGGACUUAUGUGCUGGCUCCUCCCAAUCUCAGGCUGACGGUAAUUUCAGUAUACCUUGGUCGUGGCAAACUCCGGAGUGUCUGGCAGAAUUCAGUCAAAUGUGCCAGAUUCCCAAUGAAGAAUCAGCUGCAAACCCUAUCAACGGCCUGUUAGCCACCCAAAACGAGUGCCUACCAACUUCUUCCGGUCAUGAUGUUGGUUUAAAUAUGUUAUUCGAGCAGUCUAGUGCUGUAUUACAUAAUUUUACUACACCAGCGUAUUUGGAUGAUGGACAGCCAGAUGAUACAUAUAUAGACAGGCAUUUUCAAGGCGAUAGUUUUGAAUUCGCAUGAGUUGAAAUACUCCUGUACAAAGUGGAUGCCGUAAUAUAUUGAAUUACAC